AUGCGACAAGUGCGACCCGUGGCGCAGGGAGAGGAAAUCUUCAACACCUACGGGCCUUUGCCAUCGGCUCAGCUCUUCUCGUCUUUCGGCUUUGCAGGCGACAGGUUGAACCCUUACGACGGCAGAAACUGUUUCAACCUGGCUCAGCGCUACCUGAAGGCGCAGGAAAGGAAAGGCCCACGUUGCCUCUUGGCUGCGCGCUGCGGGGCGCGCAGCACGCGUCGCCAAGGAUGUCAAGGCCCCCCUUUGCCUUGCCACAUCCAGAAAGCGCGCCGAGCCGUGCGCCAGGCACGGGCCAAGCUCGGUGACCAAACGCCGAGGACCGGCGCCCUCCAGGCGUAUCGCGCUGCGGAGCGACGAUGCUUGCAGCACGCAGCACGGCAUGAUCUCGAAUCAACAGAUUUCUCGUCAUCGUGGAUUUUACUCUACAGUUUGGGGCUGUAUCCUGUUGAGUCGGCACUCACAAGAAUGCUGUCUCAACGGCGACUGCUGCCUUCUCGCGCCAAAAUGCGAGCCAAAAAAGAGAGGAAAAGG